ACGCAUUCUUGCGAGCGACUCAUGUCACAACGCUCCAGCCUCUUACUUGCACGCAAUAUUCACGUUCUUCGUCGCUAUUAAUUCCACUCUUCUUCUAUGGUGAUUAAUCCAGCCUCUCGUCGUCCUCUCCGUUCCGGUAAGUCGCUGAGAAAACAAAUCGAUCGAGUGCGUCGAUCCUGUUCAGAUUGUGAUGGCGUUAUGUCUUGGAGUAAGAUCGAGGUCGUUGUAUGAUUUCGCCGGAACGCCAAAUUUGAAAGCGGUGAAUCGCAGCAAUUCGUCGAUCAGACUAGGAAAUUUACAUUUGGUUGCAGGAGGUAGUUGCAUUAGAAACCAUAGCAGUAUCAUCAAGUGCUUAGCUUCGAGGGAAAAUGUUAGUGAAUUAGAAUCUGUGGAGAAUGCUGGUGUGAGUUACUGGGAGGAAGAUGAUGAUGAUGAUUUUAGCCAUGUGAUAAAGUUUAAGAUGUCCGACUUUAAGAUUCAUGAUCGUGUUAGCAUUGGCCUCAAAGAUAGGGGUGAUGAGCUAGUUUAUGAAGCCACUGUGAAGGAAGCUAAUAGUCCAUUGUUUAACACAAGGGUUGUGCUCCGGCAACUAAUAAGUCCUCGGGCUAAACGAAGGGGGAAAAGGGCAAUUGAGGUUUUGAAAAGAUUAUCGCGCCAGAGGCUAAUGUACCAUUCUUAUUCAAUGCAAGUACAUGGGUAUGUUUGCUCUCCCACAACCAGCGACAGUGGUUCGUUUGUUCUAGUCCACGGCUAUCAUGGUAGUUAUUCCUUGAGACACUGGUUUCAACAAUCAGAUUGGCUUCCAACUCUGGAAGCUACUCUUGCUUUGGAUGAGGAAUCUGUCAGGAAAGUUGGGGAUGAUACUGUAGGGGGUCCUGCAGUUUCGCGCCAGCUGCGCCUUAUUCGAAUUUUAAUGCGAGAUCUGUUGAUUGGAGUGAAUUAUUUACAUAGCCAUGGACUUGCACAUACAGAAUUGAGGCUUGAAAAUUUGCAUAUUAGCCCUGUGGACAGGCAUAUCAAAGUUGGGAUAUUGGGAAGUGCUGCCGAUCUUCAUGAUUGCAGUCCAGAAGACAACAAAUUGGAAAACUACUUCGAUAGGCGAAAGAUGAUGAUUGCAUUCGACAUGAGAUGUGUAGGAUAUAUCAUGUCUAAAAUGGUCCUGAGAGACCUCAUGGAUCCGACAAUUUUUGCCAAGUUCAAAGCAUUCCUCUCCAAGGGAAAUGACCCUUCAUGCUUGCGGGAGUUUUUGAUGCUUAUUAUUGGUCGAAACUCUUCUCCCGAAAAUUUGGGAUUUCAAAUACUUGAUAAGAACUGGGGGGCUGGUUGGAACUUGCUCUCUUUACUUCUUGCAACAAAACCCUCACAGAGAAUAAGUUGCUUAGAAGCUUUGAGGCAUCCAUUCCUCUGCGGACCAAGAUGGCGUGUCGACCCGAAAAUGGACAUGAUCAGAUGGAGCUUGGGUUCAACUGCUGUCCGAAUCACCGAAGAAUACAUUUACGGAAGGCAGCAGCGACGAAGAAUUGCACACUUCAUCGAGCUAAUGGAAAUGUUGAAUCCUUAUUCCAAGCCGAAGCAUUGGGUAGAACUGCUCCCCGGCAACUGGCGCCUUCUAUACAGCACAGGCCAACAAAUCGGGCUGACCCUCCGACAGCCGUCAACCCGAGUCCUCAUCCGCGACGUCCGCUUAAAAAUAUCGAAACUCGCAAAGCCCCACGCGACGUUCUCCAUAGAAUCCGACGUCAGCUUCCGGGUCAUGCAAGGUCGAGAUUGGGCGCACGACAAAGCUGGAACCGAAGGAAAACUCCACGUCGAAUCCCUCUUCAAGCUACGAGCCGGGAGGCGACUGUACAUCAAGGAAGAAGAAGCCGCCCCGAAGAUUCGAUCAACGACCACGCCGGAUGUUCGGGACUCGGUGAUGGCGAAGCUAUCCAGCAAGAAAUGGAGGAAGAUCGUUCCGAUCAAGGAAUUCCCGUCGACUCUUCCGGUGGCUAAACUUGCGGCGGCGAGCGACGUGGAGAUUAGUAUGAGGUUGGAGGAGCCGCUGAGCCGGGAAGUCGAGACGGCGAGAGGAGUCAUUCGUGAAGCGAUGCUGCAGCUUCCGCCGGAGCUUUUCGACGUGUCGAAAAUCGUUUGCGGGACGUACGUUGAUUCGAGGUUAGUUGUGCUUAGAAGCGUAAAUGGGUCUGCCCUUUUGCUCGCUAGAUCGUUUGUAAAUGAAGUUGGUAGUAGUUAGGCCUUAGCCCCUUCUUACACUUGCAUUGCGUCGCUAAAUUAAACAGUUGUACUAAGUAGUAAUAAUACCAAUUGUUUGCACGCACACCCGCACACACCCGCACCUAUUAGCCCUUAUUUUUGUUUUCUUCUCUGGUUUUUUUUAACGUGUAAAUCUGCGCCUGCUACAGGUAAAUUCAUGCAAACUUGAUACCC